AUGACAACCACCACAAAACAUGCGACCGUCAAGGUCAUCAAUACCCCAGAAAUCCUGGAAAUGAUUCUCUCCCACACAGACAUGCGCACACUCCUCCUAUCCGCCCAACUCGUCUGUCGCGACUGGUUCAACCUAAUCACCAAGUCCCGAUCCCUCCAAAAAGCCCUCUUCUUCAUCCCGAUCAAAGAUUUCGAAUGGGGCGUCGACGAAAGGAUACCCAAUCCGCUAUUAACUGAAACAUUCCCUUCUAUCUUUCCUUCCGAGGAUAGACCAAAUCAUCACCGGUUUACAUUUUCGACACUGAAUUGGAUAGAAGAUCCCUCACGCUUGGCUCGCUUUGUACGGCCCGACGCGAGUUGGCGCAGGAUGCUUGUCCAACAACCUCCUAUUUCUGAGCUGGGCCUUUUCCAUGUCUCCUCUGCCAUGGGCGGCGAUAGUGCUGGGAUAUCUCAUAUACGCGCAAAUGACAAGGAACAAGUAGACAGCCCUGAGGGAGGUCUCCGAAUGGGAAAGCUCUUCGACGUGUUACUCUUCUCCCGCUCGGUCCAAUUCUGGGAUUGGUCGACGGUGCGAGUAUAUUGGGCAACUGAAGAACCGAUUUCCUUCAAUGGUAGCUAUGCAAAUAUCAACGAGGAGUUUCAUCGAGUGCUGGCCGAGUUUGGCCUGGUUCUUUAUACUAGGGAUGUGGUGCAGUGUAGUGUAGGGCCCAGAUCACCUACUGCUGCGGAGAGUGCUAGGAGGAAGGUUAUUGAGGCGUGUCGAGAGCAUGGUUUGGAUGUUGAUUCAAGGAGUAGGGAGAUCGAUUUGUCGAAGGGUGAGGUAAAUGGGAUGAAAGCAGAGCGGAGGCCGAGGGUCCCGUUUACGAUGACGGCGCCACAUGAGUUGUGA